AUGGUACAAUUCUGGACGUCAAUUAUCUCCUUACUUUCUGCUCUACCUCUAGCGUUCGCGGCAUUCGGGGUAACCACGUCAGGAAGUAAUCUUGUCGUAGACUCGGGCGCUGGUCUUGUUACGACAAUCAACACGGCAAACGGCGAUAUCACUUCUCUAAAAUUCAAUUCGAUACAGUUGCAAGAUUCGUCCAAGUUUACGCAACUUAGCUCUGGACUUGGAUCUGCUACUGUCACAUCGUCUGUGGCGAAUAACAUUGCAGUGGUUACUAUCAAAACGAGCACUAUUACGCAUUAUUACAUCGUCCGCUCUGGGGUCAACACUCUUUACAUUGGAACAUAUGCCUCUGCUGAGCCCUCAGUUGGAGAGUUGCGCUUCAUUGCUCGUCUUUCCAAGUCCACUCUUCCCAACGGACCCACUCAUUCUGAGGUGAAUGGCGGCACGGCGAUCGAAGGUUCCGAUGUCUUUUCAUUGGACGGUGAAACCAGAUCCAAAUUUUAUUCCAGUGUGAGAUUCAUUGAAGACACUGUCCACGGAGUUACAGGUUCGAGUGUAGGUGCCUAUAUCAUUAUUCCUGGAACUGGAUAUGAGACAUCCUCUGGCGGCCCUUUCUUCCGUGAUAUCGACAAUCAAGGAACUGCUCAGCAGGAAGUAUACUUCUACAUGAAUAGCAACCACGAACAAACGGAAACCUAUCGCACCGGAUUCUUUGGGCCUUAUGCCUUAGCAAUUACCACUGGAACGGCCCCCUCUGGUAGUUUAGACACAUCAUUCAUGGAUUCCUUGGGCCUGCAAGGCUACGUUGCAGCCUCAGGGCGUGGAGCAGUCUCAGGUUCUUACUCUGGCACUCUAUCCGGUGUCGCUGUUACCAUUGGGUUUAAGAAUAGCGCUGCACAGUACUGGGCAUCUGGGUCAGGUGGAUCGUUCGCCAGUCCAAAGAUGAAGCCAGGAACAUACACAGUAACACUCUACCAAGGAGAACUUGAAGCUGGUACCGGUAGUGUUACUAUUUCCGCAGGAAAGAUAUCUUCUCUGACCCUCACCUCAAGUUUAAGCACACCCUCAACAAUUUGGAGCAUCGGUACCGUCGACGGGACCCCUUCAGGAUUCCUGAAUGCUGAUAAGAUCGAGACGAUGCACCCAUCGGACUCGCGGAUGAGUUCGUGGGGCCCCGUAACAUUCACAAUCGGGAGCUCCUCCACAUCUUCUUUCCCAAUGGCACAAUUCAAAGACGUUAACAGUCCAACGACAAUCAAGUGGACAGCCACUUCGUCUCAAAUUGGUGCUAGAACCCUGCGUAUCAGGACCACGGAGGCAUUCGCAGGCGGACGUCCUCAAAUUAUGGUCAACUCUUGGACAUCUUCCGCUCCUGCUGCACCGACCGCUGUCGACUCCCGUGGCGUCACUCGUGGUACCUGGCGUGGUCUCAAUCAAGUGUACGACUUCGCCAUCCCAAGUGGCACCCUUGUUGCUGGUUCAAACACAAUUCAGAUCAAUGUUAUUUCAGGGAGCAGUGGGGAUGAUUUCUUGAGUCCGAACGUUGUCUUCGAUUCUGUUGAACUGUUCUAGUACUGAAUCUGGUCGAUCCUCGAUGUCACACCUGUGAUCGCCGCGUUUGAGCCCAAUUUCUUGAGGCUUCAACGAUCUCCGGACUGAAGCAUGGGACGCAAUGCAUAUUAUCUGGGCUCAAGCGCAUCAAAAUAUAUCUU